AUGAAUGCCAUGGCCGGCAUCUCGCCCAGGCGCACGGAUCUUCCCUGGGAGCGUAUAGAUGCACAAGAGCAGAAGGCGUUGGAGGCCUACUGCGCGGAUUUGGAUCGCAUCCUGGAGUCGUCAACAGAUGGACAUAUGUUCCUUGAGCGUGUUGCGGCACUCGAUCAGAGAUACCAGGAGGCGUGGUUUACCGACGAGUAUGGUAGCGCUCUUGGUGACCCUAUGCAGGCCUUCCGUGCAGCCCCGACUGCCGGUAUCAUCUCCGCUGCUCGGGCACCAAAGACUGCGAGUGGGCUCGGCAUGCAAGGGUCCGAGAUUUUGCAGCGACACACGGCCCUCCUUGAUGGGCCCCCCACACAUCUAGCAAGGCCAGGUGCUGGUCCCGGGCCCGGGCUGCCCGCGCUGCAUCCCGCGCCGCGCCUGCACGACGGCGCAGGGUCAUUCGCACGCAACCCCAUAUCAGCAGCCGGACCGUCGGCGCGCUUUCCUGCUCCACGAGCUCCAUCGCCCAUCGAGCGCAGACCGGCGCCGCCGCCGCCAGUGGCCCCGGCGAUGUCACGCUGCUCCUACUGUGGUGCUGCUAUUGCUCCAGAGGCAGCCUACUGCAGCCGCUGCGGUAUGCAGCAACUGGAGGCUUCGCCUCCUCCGCCUGCAGCCGAGUGGCCCUGGCGAGGAGCUUCGACCUGGGGGAGGAUGCCACCCAGGAUUUGA